AUGGGAAAUUUAGGCAAAGAAGCUAAUGAAUCACUUGUAAAGUUUUCGAUACCUAAUAUAUUGGAAUCAUCAAAUUUCAAGAUGGAUCUUAAAGCAAUAUAUGCCAGCAGACAACUUGAUUUUUUACCGCCUAGAAAUGUUACAGAUUCUAAUGGUUGGUUUACAACCUAG